GACGCCACGCGUCUGCCGAACCGUUUAAAGAACGCCGCGCAUAAUAUCUUGAAAUUCUAAAAAAUACUUAAAACCCGAAACACCCAACCCCGAAGACUGAAAGCCGAAAUCAAAACAAAAAUCUAGCAAACAAACUGGUAUAAAGAGCAAUUUAAAUGUUAAGUGAAGUCCUUAAAAUCGCCAACUCUCACCUUACGUUUUGUUCCGAAUAAUUAAACAACCGAAACAAGCGAGACCCGCAUAAUUAGCAGGCAAACAAGAAAAAACCCCGAGCCUCUUCUGAGUACUAAAUCAAAAAAAGAUAAAUACAAAUCAACCAUAGACGAGCACACAAACCAACCAAAAACGGAAGCUGUCCUUUGUGUGCGUGUGUGUGUGUGAGAGAGGUCCUCAGGAACUGGGGAACAACAUCAUCAUCAUCGUCAUCAUCAUUGGAAUCUUCACAUCCUUCGUGGUCGCCGCUGCUGUCGUCAUCGUUGUCACAUCGCGGCAUAAAUAUUUAUGUUGACGAAUCUACCUGCGGCUGAGCGUCGCUAAUGAAGCGGGCAAAAUGAAAAUGAAAGGACAUAAUUAUGCUUAUGUUUUACGUGUUAAGUGCUUGGCAAGCACGAUUAAGGCGCUUUAUCACCCGCAACAGCGGCAGCAACACGAACGACAAGCACGCCAGCAACAGCAAAAUCAGCAGCAGCAACAGAGUCAACAGCAACAGCUGCGACGGCAGCAACAUCACCAGCAGCAGAAGCAGCAACACAUCGCGCUAUAGUCACAUACAUUGUUACGCCCCCAACCCAUAAUACACAUAUAUAUAUAUAUAAAUUGUCAGAUAUAUACACACGAGAUGUUGAAAACUGUGACAACAGCAAUGGCUGCCGCCGACGACGACGAUAUUCCAGCGAGCAUUUUGGAAAUAGAACUGCCAGCCAUUUUGCUCAACGAGAGCCUUUUCAUCGAGCUGAAUGGCAAUCUCACCCAGCUGGUGGACACGACCAGCAAUCUCAGCCAAAUCGUCUGGAAUCGCACGGAAAACGGUAAUGGCAACGGCAACAUUUUCGACCUGGACGCCGAACAACGGGCGACGGUCGAGUUCUGGCUACUGGUCAAAAUGAUCGUCAUGGCCGUCGUCCUGGGACUCAUGAUACUCGUCACCAUCAUAGGCAACGUCUUCGUAAUUGCCGCCAUUAUACUCGAGAGAAACUUGCAGAAUGUUGCCAAUUAUUUGGUUGCAUCUCUGGCAGUGGCUGAUUUAUUUGUUGCCUGUCUUGUCAUGCCGCUUGGCGCCGUCUACGAGAUAAGUAAUGGAUGGAUAUUGGGACCGGAACUGUGCGACAUUUGGACGUCUUGCGAUGUCCUUUGCUGCACAGCAUCCAUUCUGCACCUGGUGGCCAUUGCGGCGGACAGAUAUUGGACCGUGACCAAUAUCGACUACAACAACCUGCGGACGCCGCGUCGCGUAUUCCUCAUGAUUUUCUGCGUCUGGUUUGCGGCCCUGAUUGUUUCCUUGGCCCCCCAAUUUGGCUGGAAGGAUCCGGAUUACAUGAAGCGCAUCGAGGAGCAGCACUGCAUGGUGUCGCAGGAUGUGGGCUAUCAGAUAUUUGCCACCUGUUGCACUUUCUAUGUGCCGCUGCUGGUGAUCCUGUUUCUGUACUGGAAAAUCUACAUAAUUGCCAGGAAGCGCAUUCAGCGACGCGCCCAGAAGUCCUUCAAUGUCACACUAACCGAGACGGACUGCGAUUCCACGGUGCGGGAGCUGAAGAAGGAGCGCGGCAAGCGGCGGGCGGAGCGGAAGCGUCUGGAGGCGGGCGAGCGGACCCCGGUGGGCGGGGAGGCGGCGGACUCGCAGCUGCAGCGGCGUCCUCGCAAGCGGAUGCGUAUAUGCUUUGGCCGCAACACAAACACGGCCAAUAUUAUAGCCGGAUCGGAGGGAGCUGUGGCCAGGUCGAUGGCCGCCAUAGCCGUGGACUUUGCUAGCCUGGCCAUUACGCGCGAGGAGACCGAGUUCAGCACCAGCAACUACGACAACAAAAGCCACGCGGGCACCGAACUUACCACCGUCUCCAGCGAUGCAGACGAUUACCGCACCAGCAAUGCGAAUGAAAUCAUCACGCUGUCGCAGCAGGUGGCCCAUGCCACGCAGCACCAUCUGAUAGCCUCGCAUCUGAACGCCAUAACGCCGCUGGCCCAGUCCAUCGCCAUGGGUGGUGCUGGCUGCCUGACAACGACCUCGCCCUCGGAAAAGCCAGGAGCAGCAGGUGGAGGGGGCGGAAGUGGCGAGGUGGGAGCCGGCACCGAGGGCAGCAGUCCGGGAAAGAAUGCCGGAGUGGGCCUGGGCGGAGUGCUGGCCAGCAUCGCCAAUCCGCACCAGAAACUGGCUAAAAGGCGACAGCUUCUGGAGGCCAAAAGGGAGAGGAAGGCCGCCCAGACACUGGCCAUCAUCACGGGCGCCUUUGUCAUCUGCUGGCUGCCAUUUUUCGUGAUGGCCCUCACAAUGAGCCUGUGCAAGGAGUGCGAGAUCCACACGGCGGUGGCUUCGCUAUUUCUCUGGCUGGGCUACUUCAACUCGACCCUGAAUCCGGUUAUUUACACCAUCUUCAAUCCCGAAUUUCGACGGGCCUUCAAGAGGAUUCUCUUUGGCCGAAAGGCUGCUGCCCGUGCGCGCAGUGCGAAAAUUUGAUUUCAACUGAAGGAUAACGAGGACCAGUAUUUGUAAUUAAGGUCAGGCAAGGAAAAGAAGAAGCCAAGGUCGGAAUUGACUGGAAUGCAGUAUGCUAAGGAAUUGGCUUUGUUAUAAGGAGCAACUAGCGAGUAGAGACGAUGUUUUAGCAGUGACAAUCCUAACUAGCUGUAACUAAUUAACUAAUUCCUCACCACACACACGUGCCCCAAAAAGACAAAAAACCCGAACAAAAAACAAUACAAAAGUGUAACCGAAACCAAUCGAGUAACGGAACCUUGGAAUUAUGCUAGCUGAUACUCACUAAGUCUAAGUUAUGCGUAUGUAAUUUAUAUAUAUAUUUCUAAUGUCUUCCCUGUGUCUUAAAGAAAUCCAAGCGUAGUACGUUUAGAAACCCUAGAACCCUAAGUAAUUUGAAUGAUUAGUGAUCGGAGAUCGAAGAUAGUGAUUGGUGUUAUAGGCUGGGUCCAAAGAACUUCUUACGCUUUCAUAUUCUGUGUUAGUUAAACGUGUUUAGUUGUAGCCUAAGCUGAAAGAUGCUCAAUUAAUUCAAUUGGAUAAGCACAUUUACAUAAAAGUCAAUAUACCACAAAAAAAAAAAUUAACGAAUUUACACCACAGACCCAUGACGACACGGAAAAUUGAAAUCCUUAAAAAGCUGCAUAACACCAUAAAGGGUAAGCCACCGACGUCACGGCUAAUUAGUCGGGUUCACCCAACUUUAUUCAGCAAAAUUAGCAUAAAUUCAAAACGGAAAGUUAAACUUUUGUUGCUAAUAUUCCUCAUAUUCACAUACACAUACCAAAAAACCGCAACACAAAAGUUUCAGCCAUGAUACAUGAUAUGCAGUUAUAUGCCACACGCAUUCGUACCUAGUGGUGCAACAUAUAUAGUAUACUAAAUUUAUGGUUCAAUUUUUGAAAAGUUUUCUUGUAAAUAAACGGACUUACAGUUUUAGCAAAUAGUAAAUAGUAAACCAACCCAAAACCAAAAACCAAAACAACCACAACAAGAGCAACAACCACUCGAAGAACAACUAUAUAUACAUAUGUACAUGUGGGUCUGAACGAAAGGGCCAUUAAGUCAAUGCUGCAGUUGAAACCUAAUACGCUUCGGUAUGCAACUAUAUGCGUACCCACAUAUGUCUGUCUAUCCUGAUGUGUAUUUGUAAGUUGAGUAUUUUCGUGUGUAUGUGUGUUUAUGCAACUUCUCGAUGUAUACUUGAUGUCAAAGUUAUUAAAAUUGUGUUUUA